CUGCCAAGUGCCAACGGCUCUCAAAUUUUUAAUUUUUUUUUAUAUUUCUUUUCCUUCUUCAGCUUUACCUCCCUUAGUCCGAACCAAGUUCUAGAAGUCUCUCCUCCGCUUGAUUUCGCUAAUUUCAAACCCCAAAACCCAUGGCUCUCACCUCUGCACGCGCGCUCCACGCGCCGCCUCUCUCCUUCCCUUCUUUUCCGUCACUCUGUUCCCGGCCUCCCUCACUCGCGAUACCGAAUUCUCACGCGCCGUCCCUCUCGGCCGCCGCACAAUCCCCAAAGUCAACUACGCGGGUCGUCGUCGGCCUUAGACGACAUGUCGUAGCGAGAGCGGCGGUUUCCGAUAUCGGCCCAAGCAUCGGGGAGAUCCUCGGCGACGUUAGCAUCUUCACCGCCGCCGGCGAGCCCGUCUUGUUCAAGGAUCUUUGGGAUCAAAACGAGGGAAUAGCUGUUGUCGCAUUGUUGAGACACUUUGGUUGCCCUUGCUGUUGGGAGCUUGCUUCAACUCUGAAAGAAGCAAAGGAAAGAUUUGAUUCAGCUGGUGUAAAACUAGUUGCAGUUGGAGUUGGCACUCCUAAUAAAGCUCGCAUUCUCGCAGAAAGGUUGCCAUUUCCAAUGGAUUGCCUUUAUGCUGAUCCUGAUCGCAAGGCAUACGAUGUUUUGGGCUUAUACUACGGAUUUGGGCGUACAUUCUUCAAUCCAGCCAGUGCGAAGGUUUUUUCUAGAUUUGAAGCUCUGCAGAAAGCCGUGAAGAACUAUACCAUCGAAGCGACCCCAGAUGAUCAAAGUAGUGUGUUACAACAGGGUGGAAUGUUCGUCUUCAAAGGUAAGCAAUUAUUGUAUGCAAGGAAAGAUGAGGGCACGGGUGAUCAUGCUCCGUUAGACGACAUCUUCGAUGUCUGUUGCAAGUUUCCCGUCUCUUGAAACUCUAAGGCGGUCAAUCUUUCAGGUAAUUGGCUUUGCCAAAGUAUUCUAUAACCCAGGUUGGCGUCUAUAUGAAACGCUCUGCCUCAUUUAAUCAUCAUAGUUGUACAGGGUCACUUGUCUUUACAUCUAUAUGAAGGUGUUUUUAAAUUUGUCUCCUCAGAAUUCAUAUGUCAUCACUUGUACAAGAAAAAGAUAAAAGAAGGCUGCUUGCCGAUGUCA